AUGGCAGCCACAGAAGUUUAUAGCAUUCUCGCGGACAAACUGGGCAAGAGCAAAGUCACAUCCCCCAAGCCCGGAGAGCUGAAAUACUUCACCGCCCAGUCUGCCGCACUGGUCCCUGCGGUGCAAGCGUUUCCCGAAAACGCAAAGGACGUCUCAACCAUGGUUCAGACCGCCCGAGACCAUCAGGUUCCCUUCGCCGUGAAGGCGGGCGGACACGGCGUCUAUGCCGGCGCAUCGAGCAUCCAGGGCGGCAUCCUGAUCGACUUGAGCCGCAUCAACAAGGUCGAGGUCGCCCCGGAUCGCCAGUCCGUCUUCAUCGGCGCUGGGGCGAAGUGGGGCGACGUCUAUGGCAAACUCGAUGCUCUGGGCAUCAGUGUGCCCGGAGGACGCAUCUCGACUGUCGGCGUGGGCGGGCUGACUCUUGGAGGCGGUAUCUCCUUUGCAGCCAGCCGGUUUGGCCUCGCAUGCGAUAAUGUCAAAAGCUAUGAGAUCGUCCUUGCCGACGGAACGAUCGUAUCCGCCACGCGCGCCACUCAUCCCGAUCUCUUCUGGGCAUUGCGCGGCGCCGGGACGAAUUUCGGGGUGGUGACGACGUUCGAGUUCGUGGUCUUCGAGCAGGGCCCGAUCUGGGGCGGCGUCAAGCAAUACCUCGAAGACUCGGAGGCCCAGGCAAUCGCUCUGCUGGACAAGUUCUGCAAAAGCCAGGGUCCCGCGUCGUCUUCCGCCGAUGUCUACGCCGAGGCUUUCAUCAUCACGGCCUACGUCGCGCCGAUGGGCAAGUUCAUCACGACGGCCGUGCUGUCUCACGGAAAACCUGGGAGUGACGAUCCGUCCGUGUUUGACGGGUUCAAGGCGCUGCCGUCUAUUGCUUCAACGACGAAAGUCCGGAGCAUAGCCGACUUGUCGGUGGAGUUGAAUGCGAAUAAUCCGCAUGGGCUCAGGUCCAAAACAUUGGCACUGGCUGUGAAAAGCGACAUGGCAAUCCUCAGCGACGUCAUGGAGAUUUACAAGGAUGUCAUUCGUCCACACAAAGACACGGUCAAGAACUUUGUGCCGGCCAUCCUGCUGCAGCCCAUGCUUCCGCGCAUGCUCCCGGCCGACGAGAGCGAGCAUACGCUGGGGAUCAGCAAGCACGACGGCCCUCUGUUCGUCAUCUCCCUGCUCUGGUCCUGGACGGAACCUUCGGACGACGAGCUGAUCGAGGGUCUCGCGCGCGCGUUCACACAGCGCGUGACGUCUACCGCAAAGGCCCAGGACAAUUUCCACAGGUACGUCUACCUCAACUACGCGGCGGGCGAUCAGGACGUGUUUGCAAGCUACGGCGAGGAGAAUCUGGCGAGGCUGCUGCAGGUUAGUAAGAAGUAUGACGCGGAUGGGACUUUUAGUAAGUUGAGGCCGGGUUAUAUUAGUGUGGCGAGGAGUGGGCAGGGCAAAUCGAGUGGAUGA